AUGGAGCAGUUUCUGAGGGACUGGAGGCAGGAUGCCCUCAACAAGGCGCAGUAUGAGUCGGCCAUCUUUAUUGGAGACAAGCUUCUUGCUUUGACUCAUGACGACAACGAUGCCUUCUGGCUGGCCCAGGUCCAUUUUGCGACUGGAAACUACACACGAGCUCAAGCAUUCCUCUCCAAACAAGACCUUAUCGGCCGCAAUCCAGCCUGCCGCUAUCUCGCUGGCCACUGCCUCAUCAAACAAUCACGAUUCGAAGAAGCUCUAGCCGUCCUUGGCGAGCGCAAUCCGACGCACCUGAUAUCCAAUGGCCCGAGUAACAAGCGAAAAGCUUCAGCCCAGCCUCGAGGCGGACGCAGACGAGACGACGAUGCGGGAGAUGAAGAGGCAGCGACCCGAAGAUUCGAGGCAGCUAUGUGCUUCCUCCGGGGCAUUUGCUAUGCGAAGCAAAACGCCUUUGACAGGGCCAAGGAAUGCUACAAGGACGCUGUACGGAUCGACGUGCAGUGCUUCGAAGCCUUCCAACAGCUGAUGAAGAACUCGCUUCUAUCGCCGGACGAAGAGUGGCAAUUUCUAGACAGCCUAGACUUUGACUCAAUACAGCUAACGGGGGAUCCAAAAUCUUCCCAGGAGGCGGCCGAAUUCACAAAGAUGCUCUACACCACACGGCUAUCCAAAUAUAGGAAUCCCGCCGCAUUCGACACGGCCUACGACUCGCUGUCAACGCACUAUCAGCUGGCCGCUAAUCCUGACCUGCAGCUUGCCCGAGCCGACUUACUAUACACACAAUGCCGAUACCGAGAUGCCCUGACCAUUACCAAUGCCAUCCUGGAAGAAGACAAGUACAACUUUGCCAUAUACCCCGUCCACUUGGCCUGUCUAUACGAGCUCAAGAUGAAGAAUCUACUAUUCCUGAUUGCCCACGAUCUGGCAGAUACUCACCCUGAAGAACCGUGUACAUGGUUGGCAGUGGGUAUUUACUAUUUUAGCAUCAAGAAAAUUGCAGAAGCCAGACGAUAUUUUAGCAAAGCGAGCAUGAUGGAUGCACAUUUUGGCCCGGCCUGGAUUGGGUUUGCGCACACAUUUGCCGAAGAAGGAGAACACGAUCAAGCCAUUUCAGCCUACUCAACCGCUGCACGCCUCUUUAUGGGCACUCAUCUACCACAAAUCUUCCUCGGAAUGCAAAAUCAUGCUUUGAACAACAUGACGAUUGCAGAAGAGUUCUUAAAGACUGCCUACGGGCUGUGCAAAUCAGACCCGCUGCUCCUCAACGAGAUGGGCAUCGUCAAAUAUCACCAGGAUAAGCCGAAAGAGGCUGUCCAGUAUUUCACCGCCGCCCUCAAAGUUGCCGACGAAAACGACAGUGAGCCAUCAGCAUGGCUUGCGGCGAGAACAAAUUUAGGUCAUGCGUUUCGCCGACUACGGCACUUCAACCGUGCACUAGCAGAAUUUGAUGAAGUGUUACGGGCAGGAGGGAAGGAUGCUGCCAUCUUCAGUGCCAAGGGACUUAUUCUCAUGGAGCAGAAUAGGCCACAAGAGGCUGCUGUAGUCCUUCACGAGGCCCUAGCUAUCCACCCGCAAGACAGUAUCGCAACAGAGCUCUUGAAUAAGGCUUUGGAAGAGACGGCAUUGGUGGAUGGCGCUGCAGAGGACGAGGCUGAAGACUUGGCGGAUUUCGAACAACACUUGGAAAGGAGGAAAGUCGAAGCGUCACACAAACUAAAUGGCAAAAGAACAGGACGCAGCACGAUGGAUAAAGGAAAGGGCAGACUGGGUCGGCGAAGGACGAUGCUGGUUGACGAUGAGGACGAAAGGGAAGAAACUGGAAUGGAUAUGACUGAUGACAAUGAUGACGAGGCCUAG